CUGUCCGGAUGUCCCGCCCCUUAUGUAUCGGUGGAUAUCCAAGAUCAGCAAAAACAGCCCCCACCAGACGAAUCACCUCCGAGUUCCCUUUCCAACAAGGUUUCCGAUGAGAAACAUCGCCAUCUCCGGCUGCUACGAAUGGGCUUCGCCACGAUGCCACUAGCACAUUAUGAUUGGGUUGGAUGCUAGUCAAGCCUUGCACGUGGGACAAUGCCCUACCGGCAAUGGCUUUGAAUGACUUGUUGAAUUGUGAUCCAUCAGGGCCACUUCGCCGGUCGAUCCCGCCCGCUAAAACCGUGGCCACCCAACUCCGGAUCCUUCUUUCCCCAGCGUUCUUGUUGCAAAAGUGCUGUCUUCUCCGAUCGUUCCAACAGCUCAGAAGCUGGGAUGGUGCAUCUCAUUGGUUUAGAGCGGCCGCAAUGGUAGCGCCCCUUGCUAUCCAUAUAGAUGAGUUGUACAUCAGCGCCUCUCUGCCGGUGAAAGAUGCUACCUUUGCCGGCACGGGUGGAUCGUGGAUGAGACCGCCCGUCCCGGCUGGCGGAGCCAUCUUUGAACUCCGUCUCGAGGUCUUUCGCUCGCUACAGAUGCCAUUUCCCCCCCCUCCAUACUUUCUUACUGGGCGAACCUUUGAUCAUUGCAGAUGACCUAAUUUUACUGACACCGAUCGACCCGGAGAUAGCCGGCCCGCAGCGAUCGAUCGACUGAUCCUAACCCCGGGUGGACCAAUCAAUGACCCACAAGUACCAUGAAAAAUCACCCGUUUCCGAUUAUAGCC